AUGCAUCACUCGUCGUCAAAAUCGCUUUCCUCGUGCUCCUCUCGUUCUUCCUCGUUUGCCCUUCCUCCGUCGAGGUGUAAGACGAAGGCGCACGCAUCCUCGAGACGAGGACAUCGAACGCCCACGACGCAGGCGAUUUUUGGUCUCUUCGAAGGAACGACGACGACGAAAACGAACGACGACGACGCUUUGAAGAAGAAGACGGAAACAACGAAAGGAAGUUCUCCACCUCCUGAAAUCUCGCAGACGUUGCAAUCCUUGGACGACUUACUCGGCGAGGACCCGAAAAUUAUCGAGGAACGUAAGGCGGACGAAAGAGCGAAAGCGCAGUACGCGUUGCAGCAAGAAAAAAAAGAAAGGAAAGAAGAGACGAAAAAAAUGAACAAAAAACGGUUCGAGAAGUUUCAGUUCGCGGUGAAACAAUCGACGUCGAUACAACGGUUACAGGCGGUCUUUUUGGAAGGUUUUUUACUCCCGAACGUUGCAUCGUCGUCGUCGUCUUCGAGAGAAGAGAAGAUGGAGUUCUUUGAGUUACCGAGCGAGAUUAUCGAUCCGAGAACCGGGGAUCGAUUGAAGGCGAGCGCGAAGGCGUCUUCGUCUUCGUCUUCGGAGUCGACUGGGGAGGAGGACGCGACGACGACGACGAUUACGAAUAGCACGGUGAAUAGAUUACCCGGGGAGUUUCAGAUUCCGAUUAUUCCUUACGGACACGUGGUCGUUCCAGGAGCCCGAGCGAAAUUGAACUUGUUCGAGCCGAGAUGGUUGACGCUCUUUUCGAAACUGUUGAAACCAGAAGACGCGGAGGAAGAUCGAACGAUUUUGACUUCUCACGAAUGGGGGGGCAGUCGAGACGCGAAAACGAUUGAUUUUAGCAAAGUUGAAAUGAUAGCGGAUUACGAAUCCGGCGAGAGACGGUUCGAUAUCGUCCCCGGGGCGAACCGGUACCCGGAAGACGGCUUUGUGGGUACGAACGCGUUUGGCGCGGUGUACAGAGGCAUCGACGGUAAAAUUGCCGGUUUAGGCGUCAAGAUGGAAAUCGAAGCGCACGAUGUCGCAGUGGACGGGAUUUUACUCUCCGUGUGUGCUCGUGCGAGCGCGAAUAGGUUUAAAAUUUUGCGCGUCGUCCAAACGGAACCGUACAUUAUCGUCGACGCUGUGCCGUACGACGACGAUUUUGCCAACGCGUCCAUGGACGAGGACGUCUCCGAGGCUGAACAAAAUUUACUCGACGCCUUGGAAACGUUGAAAUCCAACGACAACUAUUACUACGAAGCCGUUGGAUUACAGUACGACGAAGAUCCAUCGACUGGAAAGAUUUCGGUGAAGAAACUCAUCGAAUCCGAGUUUAAGUCCUUCACGUUCUCGGAAAUCUUUUUGUACAACAAAGACGACGUCGCGUUACAAAUCCUCGCGAGCAAAUCUCCAAAAGAGCGCGCGGAAAUCGUCACCAACAUCGCCAAACAAAUGAAAGCUGGAAUGAAGUUCGGCUUAAACCCUCGAAACGCUCGCGUGUUGAGAAUUUUGACCUUUUGGGGGUCUCUCUUUGCCAUCGGAAGCGGUUUGACACUCGUGCGCGACAUUGCCGGUUUCUGA